CCGUUGAACCCGCGGCUCGCACUGCGCAGACGCGGUCAUUUCUAUCAAUCGCCGCCAGCCAAUGAGCUCUUGCUACGUCAGCUGGGUGCGGGGCAUGCCGGGAGCCCGGAAGUGACGUGAGAAGCUAGCGGCGUGAGAAAGACCCAGGCGGAACGAUGGCAUCGGGGGCUCCGGACGGAAAAUGGAAGGUUGUGAAGAAAGGGAAGAAAAGCGGCGAGAGGAAGGGAGGGGAACGGAAAGCCCUGUCCGAGAGCAACGUCCCCCCCGGGGGCCCCGUUCCCAUUAAGAUGGCCAACACUGUGUAUGAGAUGGGCUUUGAGAGAAUCAACAAGAAGCAGAACAAGGAGCAAGUCCCGCCCCCGAGCAGCGCCGCCGCCGAGCCGCCACAGAAAAAGCCGCAAACCAGCAACAAGAACGUGAGAAAGGCGCAGGGAGGGGACAGCGGCCCCAGGCAGGGCAAGUUCCACUCACUCGAGGAUGCACUCAAAGCACUGGACCUGGCAGAGCUGCAGAGAGAGCUGGAUAAGAGCCUGAACAUGUUCCCAGAAAACCCCUCCAUCUGGGUGAAGGACCUGGCGGGAUACCUGAACUACAAGCUGCAGACUGUGAAGAGAGAUGUGCUGAUCCAGCAGUCCCACGAUUACCCAUACUGCCUGGUGAAUAAGGAGCUGAAGGGGAUCAUUCGCUCGGUGCUGGCCAAGGCCCCCCGGGUGCUGGAUGUAAUGGUCGAUCACUGUAUCUUCUCCAUGUUACAGGAACUGGACAAACCCACUGGGGAGUCGCUGCACGGCUACCGGAUCUGCAUUCAGGCUGUUCUGCUGGACAAGCCCAAAACUGUAACCAGCAAUUUGCCAAAGUACCUGGAGCUGCUGAGAUCCCAUCUGAACCGACCAAUGAAAUGUCUCACUGUCAUGUGGGCCGUAGGGCAGGCCGGAUUCACGGAUCUCGCCGAGGGGCUGAAAGUGUGGCUGGGCCUGAUGUUCCCUGUGCUGGGAGUGAAGAACCUGAGCCCGUACGCCAUUCUGUACCUGGACCGGCUGCUGCUGGCGCACAGUAACCUGACCAAAGGCUUUGGGAUGAUUGGACCAAAAGAUUUCUUCCCUAUCCUGGACUUUGCCUUCAUGCCCAACAACUCCCUCACUCCCAGUCAGCAGGAGAACUUGCGCAGCCUGUACCCGAGGCUGAAGGUUUUGGCUUUUGGUGCCAACCCGGAGAGCACCCUGCACACCUACUUCCCUUCCUUCCUCUCCCGAGCCACCCCCAGCUGCCCUGCUGCAAUGAGAAAGGAGCUGAUCCAGAGCCUGAGCGACUGCCUGAAUAAGGACCCACUGAGCUUCAGUGUGUGGCGCCAGCUCUAUACCAAGCAUCUGGCCCAGUCCAGCCUCCUCCUGCAGCACCUGGUGGAGACCUGGGAUGGAAACUCCAGAUCGAUGAGGAAAUCUCUGCGGGAAACUGUUCAUUCCUUCAAAGUGACCAAUGGGGAAUUCUCUGGGAAAGGGACCAACUCUAAGGACCUGGAAGCAUGUGACGCAGCGUGCCAGGCUCUCCUACUUAAGAUGAGGGGCGGCGGCUUCCCGUGGCGGCGGCUCAUUCUCAUUGGCUUUGUCUUUGCGUUUGGGUUUGUGUUCUAUGACAUCCGGACGCACGAUUCGUUCCAAGCAUCCACCUCGGCUAAACUUCUGCACCAGUCGGGGCUCCUGUCGGUUUCCCAGCAAGCGUGGAGCAGGGUUUCCAACUACUCCCUGCAGGGGCAAAGCUGGUUAGAGCGGAACGUACCCCAGUAUUACUCACAGGCAGUGGAGGUUUUGGGGCCCCCCAUUAUUCCAUGCCCGGUGCUGAACUCACCCCCCCUUUCUGUUGCCCCCAGCUGGUUAGAGCGGAACGUACCCCAGUAUUACUCACAGGCAGUGGAGGUUUUGGGGCCCCCCAUUAUUCCAUGCCCGGUGCUGAACUCACCCCCCCUUUCUGUUGCCCCCAGCUGGUUAGAGCGGAACGUACCCCAGUAUUACUCACAGGCAGUGGAGGUUUUGGGGCCCCCCAUUAUUCCAUGCCCGGUGCUGAACUCGCCCCCCCUUUCUGUUGCCCCCAGCUGGUUAGAGCGGAACGUACCCCAGUAUUACUCACAGGCAGUGGAGGUUUUGGGGCCCGCCCUGGAGCAGAUGUGGGCAAAGACCCAGGAAGCCUCCGCCUAUGCCUGUGAGAAAGGCUCCGCCCUCAUAGCCUACGCCCAGGACAACUUACCGAGGCUGCUGGAGUGGCUCCACUCCAGCCUCCCCGACUCCGUCUUUCACUUCAUCGAGUACCUGAGGGAACUGCUGCUCCACUUGCACCGCACUUACCUCUUACCCGCCGCCACUUACACAGAGGCCGCCGUACAGAGUGCCUGGGAGCGGUAUGUGCAGUCCUGCAACGGGAAGGUGACGUGGGACUGCGUCAGGGGCCAAGUCGGCAACCUCAGCCGCUCCUCUUGGACUUACCUGCAGAACGCCACCCUGACUGUGACCAACUGGGCCCUGUCCAUCAUUUCCCAGCAUUAGAGACUCCUCUGCCUCAGAACCUUCUCCCGCCCAAAGCUCUGGACUCUGAUGGCGCCGCGCUGACACCCCCUAAGGGGGCAAAUCCAUCCGCCCGGCCCAGCGGGGGGCACAAACCUCCCUGCAUUUUGUUUGGAUCCCAAAGCUGAAUGUGGAAAUGACUGCGUUGGGCCCCGGGCUGGGGCAGAACCGAUUGGCUGCGCCGCUGGCGGGGGGGAGGGGCACGGCGCUACCAGACUCUCUGUGAUUCCGACUACAGAUAAUUUGUACUGCGCUUAUUUCCCAGUCCUAUUUAACCUGUGUAUCAGUUCCGUGAGAUCCUGUGGCUCCGCCUGCUUCUGCCAUCGGCCCCGCCUCCCUGGGUUCCACGCCUUUUUAACCAAAUAAAGACAUUUCUGUUUCUUGGGGACAAUGACCAAUUCAUAGAGUCCUGUCUGCACUCCCCUCGCUCUGCACAUACAUGGGGGGGGCGCUUAUUGGCCCCAGAUAAAGGGGAAAUUGUCAUUGUGAACAAAUCUGCGUAGGGUCUAUAAUAAAUCCGUUUCACAAAUA